CAAUUUUUGGAGUGAAAAUCGCUUUGUUUUCUCCGUGUUUAUCUCGGAAAUUACUUGGAAAUUUUUACUCCUUCUAGUAAUUAUCAUCAGAAAAUGGAAAAAGCAUUGGAUAAAGUAGUCGAGACGUUGAUGGCAACGCCGAAUGUCAACGGCUGUUUAGUGGCAGACCAUCAAGGGUUGUGUUUGGCAGCCAAAGGGGCGGCCCACGUUGAUUCAGCGGGAAUUAUCGUCGCUUUAUCCGAACAGGCUUGUAAAUUACAACCGAAUUUGAAGCCUCCCACAGUGUGCCUUGAGACAGACAAGAAGCAGUGCCUCAUUCAGAGGCAUGGAACUAUCACUGGUGCAAUUUACAAACAGAAAGAUUGAUUAAACGGUGGAGCUGCCUGGUGAUGAAGACUGAGCAUAUUACUGUAACAGAUUUAGCCAUUAAUUUUUACUUUCAAAGGAUUUAAAUUUUAUCAAGUAUCGAGCCAUUGCUAAUGGUUUUACUAUGAUAAUAUUACAUUUAAAGUUUAUAAUAUAAAUAUUUAGUCUUUAAGAAAUUGUAAAUACAUGUAUUUAAAAUACAUACAA